AUGGCUCGGAAACGAUCAUCUUGGUUUCUCUCGAAAAGAUGGCGGCCGAAUAAAUGGGUGUAUUAUAUCUUGGUCGGGGUUGAACUUGGAUUGACUAUCGCCUUGCUGGCACUGUUCGGCAUUGCGGCGCCGGACACGUAUCGAACGAAGCUUUGGCAGGACGGAGCCGACAAUGGCUUCAACAGCAGUCCCUUGACGGGUCUAUACGCUGCGGCCAACUACCAAAGCUACAGUACACCUAUGGUGUGGUCUAAAUUUAUCACGAAUUACAAUCUUGUGAUCGUUGUGCUCAGCGUGUUUCUAUUACUCGUCAAGUCAAUCAUGUACAUGCUCAACGUCUUUCCGCCAAUUCUGUCUGCACUCCUCCAUGCUGCUCUGGUCGCCUUAUACACUACAUCGGUAUAUUAUCAGGCAUCUUCGGACAAGUCAGACCCCGAGCAUCCACAAAACGGACCUCCCUGGUAUAUCACAAAAUCGUGCUCUGUCGCUCACGAUCCCAACAAUGUGCAUUACUGCACCCAGGCCAAGGCAGCGUUCGCUGCUACCACCACACUGCUUGGGAUCUUCGUUACCUACUUGGGCCUGUCGAUAUACUCGGCUUUGCCCAGCAAGGCUCAUCGCGAGGAAGUCGCAGCUGAGCGGAAAGAGCGGGACGAGAAGUAUGCUCGACUUGAGGCAGCCCAUGAAGAGGCCAAGGCCGCUCAGCCACAUGCGUAUGGCAUGCCUCCCGAAACGCCAGGCCUACAGAGCGGGAUGAAUCCAGUCACACCACGUACGCAUGCGUUUCAGAAGCUUGAUGGUGUCCCAGUUGGGCCUGCGCCCAAGUCGAAGAAGAUGGCGCCAUUGAGAACACACUUCAGCAGUCCCAAUCGACCUGUAAGCCCCAGAGAAAGCAUCAUCUCCCAAGGUGGCAUGCGAAGUCCAGGGAAUGCGAGCUUUAAGGAGAGGGCGGCUGCCCAGGCGCAGUCAGCAGUCGGUGCCGGCGACAGUGCUACCAGCCCUCAAAGUCAGGCUGUCCCUCAACCAGGAGAGCCAAUGUACUUCCCACCUCCACCAAAGAAGUCCGACAAGGGAAAGAAGAAAUGA